CGGAAAUGAUGUCGUCAUGUAUUAGGACUAGCUUGACAGUGCUGUGAAGAUGGCGGCGUACAGUCGCGCUCAGCUGCUACUGCUGUUGUCGUCCGUGUGCCUCUGCGGUUUCGGCUCUGUUCACGGCUUGAAGGCUGCCAGCGGCCCGGCUGAGCUUCACAACCCGCUCGUCCUCAGACCCGCUGAUCCGCCGGCGAAGGAUGCACCUGCAGCCGCAGCCGCUGGGGCCUCACAGCCUCGAAGGGCAACCGGUUGGAAGCUGUCGGAGGAGGAGGCCUGCCGGGAGGACCUGACCCGCCUCUGUCCCAAGCACACCUGGACCAACAACCUGGCCGUGCUGGAGUGUCUGCAGGACCGCAAAGAGGAAAUUGAUAUUGCUCCUGACUGCAACCAUCUUCUGUGGAACUACAAACUCAAUCUAACCACAGAUCCAAAAUUUGAAUCUGUGGCCAUGGAGAUUUGUAAGAGCACCAUCACUGAGAUAAAGGAGUGUAAUGAGGUGGAGCGAGGGAGGGGCUACCUGGUGUCCUGCCUGGUGGAUCACCGUGUUAACAUCAGUGAGUACCAGUGUAACCAGUACAUCACCAAGAUGACCAGCAUCAUCUUCAGCGACUACAGGUUGAUCUGUGGCUUCAUGGACAAAUGCAAAGAAGAUAUCAACAGCCUGCGCUGUGGCAGCAUCAACAUAGGACACAAGGACAUCCACUCCCAGGGUGAAGUGAUCGCUUGCCUGGAGAAAGCGUUAGUGAGGGAGGUGGAGCAACAGGAUCGUGCUCAUCCAAUCAAAGAGGAGUGUCAGAAAGCGAUCCUGCGGGUGGCGGAACUGUCCUCGGACGACUUUCACCUUGACAGACACCUUUACUUCUCCUGCCGAGACGACCGCGAGAGGUUCUGCCAGAACAUUCAGGCAGGAGAAGGGAAAGUCUACAAGUGUCUGUUCAAUCACAAGUUUGAAGAGGCCAUGUCGGAAAAGUGCCGUGAUGCUCUCACCACCCGUCAGAAGCUCAUCUCUCAGGACUACAGAGUUAGUUACUCGUUGGCUAAAGCCUGCAAGCUGGACCUGAGGAAGCAGCGCUGCAGCCUGGACACCAGCCUGCCGCGUGCUCGUGAAGCCCGACUGUCAUACCUGCUCCUGUGCCUCGAAGCUGCUGUGCACCGUGGGCAUCCGGUCAGUGGAGAAUGCCAGGGGGAGAUGCUGGACUACCGGCGGAUGCUGAUGGAGGAUUUCUCUCUCAGUCCGGAGAUCGUGCUUCACUGCCGGACGGAGAUCGAGGCUCAGUGCUCUGGCCUGCACCGCAAAGGCCGCACACUGCACUGUCUGAUGAGAAUAGGUCGCAGUGACCGGAGCAAUGCGAUCGACAGCGUCUGCCAGAACGCUCUCCAGACUCUGAUCCAGUCCGCUGAUCCAGGAGGCGACUAUCGGAUCGACCGGGCACUCAACGAGGCCUGCGAGUCCGUUAUCCAGACUGCCUGCAAACACAUCCGCAAUGGAGACCCAAUGAUCCUUUCAUGCCUGAUGGAGCAUCUGUAUACAGAGAAGAUGGUGGAGGACUGUGAACACCGCCUGUUAGAGCUUCAGUAUUUCAUAUCCAGAGACUGGAAACUGGACCCCAUCCUUUACAAGAAAUGCCAGGCUGACGCCGCCCGCCUCUGCCACACACAUGGCUGGAACGAGACCAAUGAGGUGAUGCCACCGGGCGCCGUCUUUUCCUGCCUCUAUCGCCAUGCCUACCGCACAGAGGAGCAGGGAAGACGGGUGAAAUCGGAAAAGCAGUUAUCUCGGGACUGUAAGGUGGAAGUUCAGAGGAUUCUCCACCAGAGGGCGCUGGAUGUGAAGCUGGACCCGGAGCUGCAGAAACGCUGCAUGACCGACCUCGGCAAGUGGUGCAGCGAGAAGACGGAUGCUGGACAGGAGCUGGAGUGUCUGCAGGAUCAUUUGGAGGACUUAGUUUCUGGCUGCAAGGACGUCGUGGGCAACCUGACAGAGCUGGAGUCAGAGGACAUCCAGAUCGACGCUCUCCUCAUCAGAGCCUGUGAGCCCGUCAUCCAGGCACACUGCCACGAUGUAGCUGAUAACCAGAUCGACACAGGCGAUCUGAUGGAGUGUUUGGUUCAGAAUAAACACCAGAAGGAGAUGAAUGACAAAUGUGCAGUUGGGGUUACACACUUCCAGCUGAUUCAAAUGAAAGAUUUCCGGUUUUCCUAUAAGUUCAAAAUGGCCUGCAAGGAGGAUGUUCUACGCUUGUGUCCAAACAUCAAGAAAAAAGUGGAUGUUGUCAUCUGCCUCAGCACCACAGUGAGGAAUGACACACUGCAGGAGGCAAGGGAGCAGAGGGUGUCUCUGAAAUGUCGUAAACAGCUGCGGGUGGAGGAGCUGGAGAUGUCCGAGGAUAUUCGGUUGGAACCAGAGUUGUACGAGCCCUGUAAGUCAGACAUCAGUCGUCUGUGUCCCAACGUAGCAUUUGGUAAUGCUCAGAUGAUUGAGUGUCUGAAGGAGCAGAAGAAGCAGCUCAGCCAGCGCUGCCACCAGCGGAUCUUCAGACUGCAGGAGGUGGAGAUGAGCGACCCCGAGCUCGACUACCAGCUCAUGAGAGUCUGCAAACAGAUGAUCAAGCGCUUCUGUACUGAAGCAGAUGCCAGGAAUGUGCUCCAGUGUCUAAAGCAGAAUAAGAACAGCGAGCUGAUGGAUCCCAAGUGUAAACAGAUGAUCACCAAGAGGCAGAUCACACAGAACACAGACUACCGUCUGAACCCAGUGCUGAGGAAGGCGUGUCGAGCCGACAUCCCAAAGUUCUGCCAGUCCAUCCUGAACAAAGCGAGCGAGGACGGCGAACUGGAGGGUCAGGUCAUCGCCUGCCUCAAACUCAAAUAUGCUGACCAGAGAUUGUCUUCAGACUGCGAAGACCAGAUCAGAGUGAUUCUCCAGGAGUCUGCGCUCGACUACAGACUGGACCGACAGCUGCAGAUGCACUGCUCAGAAGAAAUCUCCAGAUUGUGUGCAGAGGAGGCGGCUGCCCAGGAGCAGACUGGUCAGGUGGAAGAGUGUCUGAAAGUCAACCUGCUUAAAAUCAGACAGGAAGCCUGUAAAAAGGAAGUCCUGAACAUGCUAAAGGAGAGUAAGGCAGACAUCUUUGUGGACCCGGUCCUCCACACAGCCUGUGCUCUGGACCUGAAACACCACUGUGCCGCCAUCACGCCAGGCAGAGGACGACAGAUGUCGUGUCUGAUGGAGGCGUUACAGGACAAGAGAGUUCGCCUUCAGCCUGAGUGUAAGAAGAGGCUUCAAGACCGCAUCGACAUGUGGAGCUAUGCUGCAAAGGUAGCACCAGCAGAAGGCUUCUCAGACCUGGCCGUGCAGGUAAUGACAUCACCCUCCAAGAACUACAUCCUGUUCAUGAUCGCACUGAGCGUGUGCGUCCUGUUCCUGGUGGGGCUGCUGUGCGGUCGAAUCACCAAGCGAGUGACGAGAGAACUGAAGGACCGAUAGAGGACAGAGUGGCCCGAUGCUUCAGAAAGAACUGAGUCUUUGCACCUCUCCCCCUACCUUCCUUGUCCUCCUCUCUCAGAUGCCCGAUCUGUAACCAGCCAGCCUGCACAGUGCCAACACCAGUGCCCACCUCUAGACCCCCGCUGUUCUUGAUGUGACUGAGGGCUGUCGCUUUUGGGGCUAGAAUUGCUUUUUUACCCCCCUCGUUCAGUCCUGACGCUUUUAUUUUUGUGAUAUUUAAUGGAGACUGGAGCAUGCGGCGCAACAGGAAACCGUUUCUUUGGAAGUGACUGCAGCAGCCUGAGUCACACAUGAAAAUAUUGUGUGCAAACUUUGUGGUUGAAUUUCCUGUUGCUUUGAAACAUUUUCUCAUCAGUCACAAAGUCCCAUCCUCUCUUCCAGUUCAGAUCCAUCUCGCUUGUUACUGACUGAAAAUGAAGGUCCAGCUGCUCUCAAUAUUGUCAUUAACUGGAUUGUCCUGCAUACAUGGUUUUUAAAACUUAAUUUAAAUGCUGACUUCAUUGCACUUUUGUUUGUUUGUUUUUUAACAUUAUGCCUUAUUUAUUGUCCGAUGAUGUUUUAGUUUCUUUUGAGUUUGAUUGAUCUUUUAUGUUUUUUUCCUGGAAAUCCAGCUAAAUACAGAUUCUGUAGUCUACAGUGAGACAUGCAGAGAAGUACAGCUGUGUAUGAUGGAGCUUUAAAAGUACUAAUUGUAAAAGGUUUAAAACCUUCCAAAGUUAACUAAAAGGUUGAGAAGAAUGCAAAGAAAGAACUGCUAUGACUUAGAGAUGUCAGCUAGAGCUGAACUAGGACUGGACUGUACUUUUCAUGUAAUACUCAUUUGCACCAUAUGAUGCUACUUUUGUUAAACCAUGGUAGCGAGGCAAAAAGCAAAACCUCUUCAGGAAAUGAGCGGGUAACUAAGGCCUUUGUCAUAGGCCUCAACACCAGUCAAAAACUUUCUGGUAACUGGUUGGUGAAUGGUUUCUAUAGGUUGCCGGCAGUCACAAUGAGGUCCUGGUCCAAAAGCUUACUUUGUGUUGCGGUCACUAGCAGAAUGCUGCGAUUGCCCAGAGUGUUUGCCAACUUGUCUGCAAACUCUUGAUAGCUAACCACAAAGUGGUAGUGAAACUUGGAAAAGUGUAACACAAACAGGAAACGGAACCCAUUUAUCUUCAAAGUAAAAGUUGUGCGUAACCAUUGAAACCAACACUUUUCAAGACGCAACAUUUACGUCUUGAAGGCGAUUGAUUUCUGUCUAUGGUCUGCAUCGCACUCUUUUACAUUUUACAGCCACUUAGUUUAGGGAGUUUUUACUUCCCACUGUCGCCAAGUGCUUGCUCAUAAGGAGUUGCCUGAUUUUUGGGGUUUUACUCUAUACUGUAAGGUAAAGACCCUACAAUAAUAUAAAGAUCCUCGAGGUGACCGUUGUUGUGAUUUGGCACUAUAUAAAUAAAAUGUAAUCUUUAAAAAAAAAAAUAGUGACUAGUUGGGGAGUGUUUACAGACUUUGGUACAAACUGUACAGCACUGUAUGCCUCUUUACUACCAAUUUCAUAUAGUGACAGCAACAUACAGGAACCAUUCCCCCACUAAAAUCUAAACUUCAACAACAGAACCCGUCAAUUCCACAUUUCAGCAGACCUGCUGGUAAAGCACUGCCCUGUUGUGGUCAAAGAAAUGUUUUUCAAAAUUUGGGAUGUGGUUGAAUGGCAUUGGUGAUGUACCAGAGAACACCAUUAGUUACUCACUUCCAUUAAAACCACUAAAGAUGGAUGUCGCUGUGGUGAUGUCACCCUUCGUUUUGUGAAAUCCUGUUUUGACUGGAGUAUUUUAAACAUCCUCAUCGUCUUGGCAAUUUGAAACCAGACAUCAUGAGACGUCAUCCCCUUUGGACUAUUAGCAAAGUAUUAGAGCUAAUAUUAACUGAUAAUAUCAGUCAAUAUUAACUAUUUACCGAUGUAUUGGUAUUGGCACUUAUAAUGCCCGAUAAAUUAAAUGUUUUAAAAAGUAAAGAACCAACAGGAGAGAAACCCUUCAACCAUUUAACUAGUGAGUCUUUUGAGUGUUGACAUUCUGUAGUUUGUCCACCAGAGGGCAGUCUGCAACUUUGGUGUUGACAGCAUGUGUUUGGAGCACCACAAACACAACAACCUGCUGCUCUGAGAAGAGUCGGGAGUGUAAACAAGUAAAUAAAUAAGCUACAUGCAGCAAAUGUUAGGGAAAUUUGUUUAUGCUUUGUUUAUCUGAAAGAAAAAUAUCAGCAGGUAUAUCGGAAUAUCAGAUUUUUAAAUUGACAAUUAUCAGAAUUGGUAUUGGUCUAAAAAAAAAAAAACUACAUCUACAAAGAAUGUUUCUACAUGGGCUUCCCUUUGAGACCGUCUUUUAUCUACAGUCUAUCAAAACCACAGUGGUUUCCGGUGCUGGGUCAUGUCUUAAACUUAAAACAUGAACCAGAACUGUCUAAAACUGAUACAUUUAAAAGUGGUAGUGAUUUAAAAGUGUAUUGGUCAUGGCUGCAGUGGGUGUGUCCUUUGUAUCAUAGAACCUCAGAACUGGGUCAUUCCUACCAGGUAAAGGAGACGUCCAGUAACUUUUCCACCCAAACGACAACUGAUGAGCAGCAUGACAGUUUUAUGUAGUUCUCCUAACAUAGAUUUUGCAUUAAAGAGCUCGAUCAAAACUAAAUAAUGUUGAGGUUACAUCAAAAUCCCAUGACUAUGAAUCAUUAUGAGUCUUUUUUUAAUUUGAGCCAUGCAAAUUAUUGCUUUGCAGUUAAAUAACAUGAAAAGAUUCAAACAUUUAGCCUUUUUCUUCUUAAAAACGGUAACAAAUGUUAACUUUUGCACUUUAUCUGAUCUAAGUCACAUCUACAGAGCUUCAUUUAUUAAUUUCUGAAAAUAUUUUUCAUCAUUAACCAAAUUUGUUUUUAAACAAAUCCUUUGCAGCUUUUUGUGGUGAAUUAUUUCCCAUGAGUGAUAUGAAAGCAGUCACAAAGAUGAAUAUUGUGCAACAAAUGCACAAGAUUUCUGCUCAUUAACAAAAAGUGAACACACUCUGAGAAAUAGGAAAAAUAUCUUUUGGCAGGAGACAACAGAUCGCUGCUUUGAGCGUUUCUAAACAACCUUUUUGUUUCCAUGUGUCUGAAGUCAGAUGUUGAAUAAGAGAUUUGACAGAAAACUAAAGACCGCUAUCAAAACCAGUUUUGUACGGAAGUCUCCAUGUGGACAAAUUUCAUCGCUGUGCAGUUUUGUUCUUUUUGGAAUAUGCCAUGUAUUAUGAAAAUGUAACAUCUAUCAUUGUGAGAUUUGAUUUUGCUGUACAGAUAAAAUUUGUUGAUUUAAUAAAAGUGUGUGCAGAUUUUCAUA